UGUUUUCUUCAUAUUUGAGCUUUACAAACUGUUUAUAUUUUACUAAAAUAAUUCAAACAAAUCCAGCUUCAGAUCUUUUGCUACAUUUAAUUCACUUUAUUCCGGAUUUUCUGUUUAAUGUCAUUUAAAGGUCAGAACAUGUGAAAUAAAACCAAGUUUUUAAAAUGUUUAAAAGCCAUUUUUAGCCUGAUGGUCAUAAGAUCAGAUGGUAGAUUGGAGAUCUGAGGGCAACGAUGAGCGUUUUGAUUUCAUGUUAGACUGAAAUCUCAUUUUAGAAACGGCUGGAUGUUUCUGUCAGGGGGCUGGAGGGAAAUCCCAGGAUUGGUCAACUUUCAGAGAAUGUGAAGCAGAGACACCUGACUGAAAAGAUCUGCAGAAAUAAACUUUGAAUUAAAAAGUGAAGUGAGAGCAGCUGACCGAGGGGGAGAACCAGAACUCUGUGGUUCCUCUGCUGCUGCCCAGAAAUAAAAUAAAACAUUAAAGAAACCAGUUAAUCUUGGAUUCCUGCUCCCAUCCUGAGGCUCUUAUGUUAGAGACAAACAUAUUUUACCUUCAAACAAAUAGAGACUUAGGAACUAAAAUCUCAACCACUAGUUGAGCUUCAUUUCAAGAUGUUUUAAAGGAUCUGAUGUGGAAAAACUAACCUACACUAAACUAAACUACACUAAACUAACCUACACUAAACUAACCUACACUAAACUAACCUACACUAAACUAACCUACACUAAACUAAACUACUCUCACCUGUCCUCUGAUCAUAAACUUCUGCUUUUAUCACAUCUGAGGUCCACUUUCACUCCAGGACAAUUUAUUCAGCUGCUAUAUUUGAUGUUCUGCAUAUUUAAGCUAAAUUACUGCAACUUGUUAUAUUUUAAUCAAACACUGCAGAGACAGCUCUCUGAACAGCUGUGCUCUGCAGCAGGUGGGAGAUAAAGAUGAAUCAGUUUUACUGCAGUAAGCAGAACAUGAGAAACUAAAGCAAUAGAGAGAUGAGAUGAUCCAUGUUCAGCCUGUUGCAUCUGUCCUGCUUCAGGUCUGUUUACCUUUCAGAGCCACAUGCAGAGAAUCACUCAGGAGAGGAGAAAUCAGUGAAAGGUGUUUAUUUACAAAGUGAAGUAAUGUGCAGCGGUAACGAUCUGGGUGGGUCAGGGGACUUCUGGAAGAAAUAAUGAAUUAGUGGAGCAGAUGAAGGCAACAGUGUUGGACAUGGGACUUCCACAGGAUGAGAGUGAAUCCACCUGGAGGUGAAACUGAUGAGCCACAAGGGUUAAAAUCAGGCAACCAGCUCCUUAUAUCCAGGUUUGAAUGAGGCUGAUUCCCUGCAGGUGUUCAGCUACACCUGCAGGGAAUCAGCCUCAACCAUGCAACAGUUUCACCUGAGCGCCCUCUGGUGGCUACCUGCUGCAAAGCCACAGAGAAAACACCAUGGAGAUUACUCUGAAAGCUGGGAACUGGAUUCACCUCCAGUUGUGAAACCCACCACCACGUCGCUCUGCUGCUCUAUGAUGUUUCUAUUUGAAGUUUCUUCCCAGAAUGCUGAGUCCAUGAAGAGCUGCUAUGAGUCCACCCGGCUUGUUCAGAACCAGACUUUCUCUGAAGAACAAAACCGGUCUCUGGGAACCAGAACCGGAUUCUGCUCCGGAUUCGGUUCUUCAACCUCAACCCAGCUGUUUGUCAUUUCGGAGCAACCAAUCAAAAUCAGCACCUCUUCAGUUUAAAGGAAGGUUCUGCACAUCUGAACUGGAUCAGUGCCAGUUUUUUCUCCCCAGACCAGGUUCUGAUCCAGAACCCGAACCCAGUUUGUCCCUGAGGAGCAGCCAGGCAGCAGGAUGGAAACCCCACCCAGACCUGAGAGUGGACCAGCAGAGCUCAGCGGUUCCCAGCGGCCCGUCUGGGCAGCAGCUCCAAACACAGCUGGACUCCAUAUUUACGGAACUGGAGCGAAACAUGAUCCGUUUUAUAAAGAACGAACUGAAGAAGAUCCAGAAGGUUCUGAAUCCAUGUUACCCAGAAUGCUUAGAGAGUCGGAAGGAGGAUGAGGAGAUGGUGGAGGGUGAUGAUGACGAGCAGAGGAAGAGGAGCAGCAGUGAAGCUUUGCUGAAGAUCAUAGUUUUGUUCUUGAAGAAGAUGAAUCAGGAGGAACUGGCCGAGCUUCUGCAGAGCAAAACUCCUUCCAUGUGUCAGGAUAACCUUAAAUCCUCCCUGAAGAAGAAGUUCCAGUGUGUGUUUGAGGGAAUCGCUAAAGCAGGAAGUCCAACCCUGCUGAACCAGAUCUACACUGAGCUCUACAUCACAGAGGGAGGAACUGGAGAGGUCAAUGAUGAACAUGAGGUCAGACAGAUUGAAACAGCAUCCAGGAAACCACACAGACCAGAAACAACAAUCAGACAAGAAGACAUCUUUAAAGUCCCACCUGGAGGAGAUCAACCAAUCAGAACAGUGAUGACUAAAGGAGCAGCUGGCAUUGGGAAAACUGUCUUAAUACAAAAGUUCACUCUGGACUGGGCUGAAGACAAAACCAACCAGAACAUCCAGUUCAUAUUUCCAUUCACCUUCAGAGAACUGAAUGUGCUGAGAGAGAAAAAGUUCAGCCUGGUGGAACUGAUUCAUCAUUUAUUUCCUGAAACCAAAGGAAUCUUUAGCUUUGAACAGUUCCAGGUUCUGUUCAUCUUUGAUGGUCUGGAUGAAAGUCGACUUGGUCUGGACUUCAACAACAAUCCGAUCCUGACUGAUGUUACAGAGUCCAGCUCAGUGGAUGUUCUGGUGACAAACCUCAUCAGGAGGAAACUGCUUCCCUCUGCUCUCCUCUGGAUAACCACACGACCUGCAGCAGCCAAUCAGAUCCCUGCUCAAUGUGUUGGCAUGGUGACAGAGGUCAGAGGGUUCAAUGAUCCCCAGAAGGAGGAGUACUUCAGGAAGAGAUUCAGGGAUGAAAAGCAGGCCAACAGCAUCAUCUCCCACAUCAAGACAUCACGAACUCUCCACAUCAUGUGUCACAUCCCAGUUUUCUGCUGGAUCACUGCUACAGUUCUGGAGGAUGUGAUGGAGACCAGACAGGGAGGAGAGCUGCCCAGAACCCUGACUGAGAUGUACAUCCACUUCCUGGUGGUUCAGACCAAAGUGAUGAAGGUCAAGUAUGAUGGAGGAUCUGAAACAGAUCCACACUGGAGUCCAGAGAGCAGGAAGAUGAUUGAGUCUCUGGGAAAACUGGCUUUUGAUCAGCUGCAGAAAGGAAACCUGAUCUUCUAUGAAUCAGACCUGACAGAGUGUGGCAUCGAUAUCAGAGCAGCCUCAGUGUACUCAGGAGUGUUCACACAGAUCUUUAGAGAGGAGAGAGGGCUGUACCAGGACAAGGUGUUCUGCUUCGUCCAUCUGAGUGUUCAGGAGUUUCUGGCUGCUCUUCGUGUUCAUCUGACCUUCAUCAACUCUGGAGUCAAUCUGCUUGAAGAAUGUGAGACAGAAGAUAAGGAACCUGCACUGGCUAAUUUACAUCAGAAUGCUGUGGACAAGGCAUUACAGAGUCCAAAUGGACACCUGGACCUGUUUCUGCGGUUCCUCCUGGGUCUUUCACUGCAGACCAAUCAGAGACUCCUACAUGGUCUCCAGACACAGAAGGAAAGAAGUUUACAGAAAAACCAGGAAACAAUUCAGUACAUAAAGCAAAAGAUCAGUGAGAAUGUGUCUGUGGAUAAAAGUAUCAACCUGUUCUACUGUCUGAAUGAGCUGAAGGAUUGUUCCUUACAGGAGGAGAUCAGAAAGUACCUGAAAUCAGGACGUCUCUCCACAGAUACACUGUCUCCUGCUCAGUGGUCAGCUCUGGUCUUCAUCUUACUGUCAUCUGGAAAAGAUCUGGAUGAGUUUGACCUGAAGAAAUACUGGGCUUCAGAAGAGGCUCUUCUCAGACUGCUGCCUGUGGUUAAAGCUGCUAAGAAAGCUGUGUUGAGUGGCUGUAACCUGUCAGCAAGAAGCUGUGAAGCUCUUUCCUCAGUUCUCGGUUCCCAGUCAUCUAGUUUGAGAGACCUGGACCUGAGUAACAACGACUUGGAGGACUCUGGGAUAAAGCACCUGUGCCAUGGACUGGAGAGUCCAUGUUGCAAACUGGAAACUCUCAGUCUUUCAGGCUGUCUGAUCUCAGAAAAAGGUUGUUCCUCUCUGGCUUCGGCUCUGACCUCCAACCCCUCCCACCUCAGAGAGCUGGACCUGAGCUACAACCAUCCAGGAGAGGCCGGACUGCAGCUGCUGUCAGUCAGUCUAAAGAUGCCCGACUGCAGGCUGGACGCCAUCAGAACUGAACCCGGUUCUGUCCAGUGGUUGAAGCCAAACUUCACAAAAUUAUCUUUGUUCAGACUUCUGCCAGCUCACACUGGACCCAAACACAGCGCACAAGUUCCUCAGGCUGUCUGAGAACAACAGGAAGGUGACCGACCUACGGAAGGAACACCCAUACCCCGGUCACCAGGAAAGAUUUGACUACUGGCCCCAGGUGCUGUGUGAAACUGGUUUGUCUGGUCGCU